AUGUCAGAAACUAAAAUAAAAGAGCUGAAAAGUGACAUCGAUGAAUUGAAUGAAUUGCUUCAACAAGCUAAACGUAAAAAGGUUCAAGAUCUUUUAUCAUUAGAAGUACGAAAAUUAGAAACUGAAUGGUUAAACCUCAAUGAAAGUGCCGCAACCUCUGCCACUCCUAUGAACGCUACUGCUAUUCCCACAACAUCUUCCUCAGUUUCUGAAAAACGAUAUCAGGUGAAACUCAAUGGCUAUGGUUGGGAUCAAUCUGACAAGUAUAUAAAAGUAUUUGUUACUCUGAAGAAUGUACAAACAGUGCCAAAGGAACAAGUCUACUGUAAAUUAACUGAAAAAUCUAUGGAAUUAAUUGUUGAAAAUUUGGAAAAUAAAGACUAUACGUUGCUAAUUAACAAUUUAUUGGAACCGAUUAAUAUUGGAGAAAGCCAUUGGAAACAGAAAACAGAUAUGGUUGUUAUUUUCCUGGCCAAACAGAAUCCAAAUACAAAAUGGUCUCACAUGACUGAAAUUGAGAAAAAGUUUGAAGAUAAACGCAAUAUCCGCUUAAAUGAUGGAUUGGAGAAGAAGGAUCCCCAGGAGUCUAUCAUGUCUCUUAUGAAGAAUAUGUAUGAAACAGGUGAUGAUGAAAUGAAAAGAAUGAUCUCAAAAGCUUGGUAUGAGGGGCAGCAAAAGAAGCUGACAGAUACUCUAAAUCUA